UGGAGUUCUCUAGCCACAGAACAUCUUGUUUGGCACCAUCUUCCUCAUCCAACCCACCUGUAACUCUUCUCCAACUUUCUAGACUUGUCUCUUUGUCUGUUCAAAUUCCCGCCUCAGCACCUGAAAAUGUGCUUCGUCAACUCUCACUGCUUCGUUUCCGACCUUUUUCAAUGGCGGCUCUCUUCAUUACUUCUCAUUCUUCUUCUCCGUCUUCGUGCACUUCCAGAGCAAAGCAGGUCACGAAAAACCCAUAUUCUACCAUUAAGGAAAGCACCCGCCUCUCGUUUUUUUUAUGUGCUAAACCUACAGCACGAAGAUCCAUCAAAUUCUCCAUCAAUGGUCUCCAUGGAAGUGAAUCCAAUUCUUCUUUUGAAAACUCCAGCAACAAUGAUCCCUUGAUUUCUUCCCCGACGAAACACCAAUUUGGUUCGAAACCCCACUUCUCAUUUUCUGUCUACUGCAAAUCCAAAUCUGGGAAGGUGGUGAAAUUUUCUGUCCAAGAGGAUCAGCGAAGCGAACCGACUAAUUCAUCUUCAGUCACGAUGGUAUCAGAGGAGCCGAGUAAAGAUGAUGAAGACCAGAAGAAUGAAUUGUCUGUGCAAGAAAUUGAAGCGAAGAAAGAAAGUCACGGUGAAGAGAAAAAUAAGCAGCAAGAAAUAGACUGGAAAACUGACGAGGAGUUUAAAAAGUUCAUGGGCAAUCCUUCAAUCGAGGCGGCCAUAAAGCUGGAGAAGAAGAGAGCUGAUAGGAAGCACGAGCUUGACAGGGAGGGCAGUGAUAACCCAAUUGUGGGGCUUUUCAAUAGACUAGUUCGUGAUAGUGUGGCAAGAGAGAAGGAGAGAUUGGAGAAAGCUGAAGAGUCUUUUAAGGCUCUUGAUCUGAACAAGUUGAAGAGCUGUUUUGGUUUUAAUACAUUUUUUGCAACCGAUGUUCGGAGAUUUGGAGAUGGGGGUAUUUUUAUUGGUAAUUUAAGGAGACCCAUUGAAGAAGUUAUUCCUGAACUGGAGAGUAAGCUAUCUGAAGCCGCAGGAAGGGAGGUUGUGUUAUGGUUCAUGGAAGAGAAAACAGAUGAAAUCACAAAACAGGUAUGUAUGGUGCAACCGAAGUCAGAAAUUGAUCUCCAGUUCGAGUCUACCAAGCUGAGUACUCCUUGGGGAUAUAUUAGUGCAAUACUGUUAUGCGUUGCAACUUUUGGAACAGUUGCUCUUAUGAGUGGUUUCUUCCUUAAACCUGAUGCAACAUUUGAUGACUACCUUGCUGAUGUUGUGCCGCUUUUUGGUGGAUUCAUCACUAUUUUGGGAGUUUCUGAGAUAGCAACAAGGGUGACGGCUGCCCGUUAUGGUGUUAAACUCAGCCCAUCUUUUCUUGUGCCAUCCAAUUGGACAGGGUGUCUUGGAGUCAUGAACAAUUACGAGUCACUACUUCCUAAUAAGAAAGCUCUUUUUGACAUUCCAGUGGCUCGCACGGCUAGUGCAUAUUUGACAUCACUAGCGCUUGCUGUUGCUGCUUUUAUUGCUGAUGGAAGCUUUAAUGGUGGUGAUAAUGCCUUGUAUAUAAGGCCACAAUUCUUCUAUAACAAUCCCUUACUCUCCUUCAUCCAAUUUGUCAUUGGACCUUAUACCGAUGAUCUAGGGAAUGUAUUACCUUAUGCAGUGGAAGGCGUUGGAGUUCCUUGUGAUCCCCUUGCCUUUGCUGGACUUUUGGGAAUGGUGGUCACUUCUUUGAACUUGUUGCCUUGUGGAAGACUAGAAGGAGGCCGAAUUGCGCAAGCAAUGUUUGGCAGGAGUACUGCUACUCUGUUAUCAUUUGCAACAUCCCUUUUGCUAGGCAUCGGUGGCCUCAGUGGAAGUGUCUUGUGUUUGGCAUGGGGGUUAUUCGCAACUUUCUUCCGCGGGGGAGAAGAAGUACCAGCAAAAGAUGAGAUCACUCCUUUGGGAGAUGAUAGAUAUGCUUGGGGUUUUGUUCUUGGUCUUAUCUGUUUCCUUACUCUUUUCCCUAAUGGAGGAGGAACUUUUUCCUCUUCAUUCUUCGGCGAACCAUAUUUUAGGGGCGAUAUGUGAAUGAAUUACUAGUUACGAGUGUGUAUAGUUUCUCUUUUUUAAUGUACAUUUCUUAGAAUUUUA